GGAACACCACAGUGUCUUGCCUGCUGAGAGUGCCUUGAAGAGGGAGCAGGGGGCACAGCUAAAGAGGCACCUGGCUCAAGGACUAAGGAGUGAGGCCUCCCCUCGCAAAGCUCACAGCCAUGUCAAGAAGUUGACCAUUCAAGCAGGAGCCCUCAGCAAGCGCCCAAGGAGCUCUGCUGACUGGUCAUGCCCCAAAUUCUUUGUCUCUGUCCUGGACUCCAGCAGCCUUGAAGAUGCGACGAACAAUUUCUCUUUCCAGGAAGCCCCACAGGACUCCUGCCCUGCCCAGCAUGCUCCUGAAGCUUCUGACCAGGACUCGGUUUCUGCCUCAGAGUGGCAGCGGAAGCUGGAAGCGGCCGAGGCUCUGCUGAUUCUGAGAGACUCUCCCCAGGCAUCUUCUAGCUCCGUCUCCCUGCUGCAGCCCUCCGCGGCGGCAGCUCCUGCUGGAGAUAGAGGACCCCAACCUCCUAGCCCCUCUCUGCGACCCAGACCAGCCAGCUCCAUUUCUCUGCCUAUUGGACAUCUGGAGUGCAUCUCCCUCUUGAGCUAGAAGCGCAGAAGAGGAGGCCUCACUAGAGUGCUGCCUAUUUAUGCAUUUGCAAAAUGUUUACUAUCCAAUAUGCUUAACAUGUUCUAUUUUCCCUUAACCUUCAGGUUCUUUUACAAGCUUUUCAGACCCUCUUUAUUG